UAAUUAAUUAAUUAAUAAGAUUUCAAGUAAAUGAAAUAAGUAAAUAAAUUUAGAUUUAUUUCAAAACUAUUAUUAUUUUCAUUUUUAAUGAAAAUAUUUGAAAAAUAAUUUAUAAUAAUAUAAUGAAUAAUAAAUUGUUCAAAGUAAAAAAAAUUAAAAAAAAAAUAUACAGAAUAAAUGAACAGACAUUUUUAAUUAUAGAAUCGAACAAGUUUUUAACUCGACUCUCAAUCGUUACCAGCAGCUGUUCUUUUUUAUAUGUAUAUAGUUGAAUAAUAGAUACGUUAAAAAUUACUCAUUUUAGGAGAAAAGAAUAUAGGAGAAAAAGAGGUGCAUAGUUUCUAAAAGGAACCACCCUCGUGCGUGCAUAAUAAUUAUUCCACCUGCACUCUCUCCCACAGUUGUCGUGCAAUAUAAACCUGCGCAAGCGUUCGAUACAACCUUUGCUGGUUCGUUUGAAUAUGAGAAAAGUGGAUAUACUAGUAGUUCGCUUUCGUAUUCCGUCACCAUGACGAUCAACAACGGACCAAACCAGUCCGAUUCAUUAGCACGAUUAUUCUUGGUUUUACAGUCGUUCACAAGCGAUUUAAAAUUUCCUUGUUGUAAAUCGAAAUUUUUUAUUUAUAGAAGAAUUUAUAGAUAAAGAAAAUUAAUUAAAAAAGAAAAAAAAUAAAUAAUGGUGUACAUUGUAGUAAGAUAAAAUAGAUUGGAAAAAAAAGAUAAUAUCAGAAAAUAAUUGGUUUUGAAGAAUUUUAAAAAUUAUAUUAACCAGAAGAUAAAAAUUCUUCUAAUAAUAAUGAAACGUAGUUUUUCAAGAAAUCAUUUUGGAUUGAAAAUUUCAAAGUUUUCCCUUUAUUGAUAAAAUAAUUCAAUUUUAGUGCAAUUUAACGAUUCAUUCUUCUCAACGAAUAAUCAAAAAUCUUUAUUAUAUAAUUUCAGAUGCUUCUGAAUUUUUUAAAAAUAAAAAAUGUUUAUCAUUCAAAAGAAUGAUUUUUAAUUAUUAAAUAUUAAGAUCGAUAUAAUAUUUAAUUAAUAAACAUUAAUAUUUUUCGAAAUCGUUCUUUGUGGGAAAAUUGAUGAACGAAUAUUAAAAAAAAAAAAAAAAAUACAUAAUAACUCAAUGUCUUUCUUCGUCGAUAUCGUAACGGAGGAUUCUUUUUACGAGAAUCUUACAUUAGGUGUGGUCAAGAUUCUCGAAAGUUUUCCAUAUGUAAAAAAUGUACGAGUCGAUCGUAGAAACGGAUGUGAAACUACGGUCAUUAAUAGCUGGGAACAACGCCAUUGUUGUACACUCCCAGAAGAUGUUAAGAACUUUUACGCCUCGAUCGACGGCUUUCUGCUUCAAUGGAAUCUUGAGAUAGCAGGUGAAGAAUUUCCCAUAGGAUGCAUGGAAAUUGGCACCUUUUCCUCUUUAAAACGCUAUACAAACAAUUCUAAAAAUUAUCAAACAGAUGCUACUAAGAAAGAAUCUUAUAAUGACAUUCAUAAAUCAGACAAUGAAAUUUGUGGUAGUUCUACCGAUCUUGAAAAUACAAUUUCACUUCAUUUGCAGGAAAAUGAUUACAAAAUGUUUGAAAUAGCAAGAUGCUUUCCAGAAAGUGAAAUUGCCAAGAUCUAUUUGGUAUAUCGUAUAAAACCGGAAGUGGAGUCGCCAACAAUCUGGCUGCAUCGAGAGAGUACUAAUAAAUGGUAUCGCUUAGCAGAAAAUUUCACUAUAUAUUUUCGUAUGAUGCUUGUUCAUUUGGGUCUGCCAUUGUGGCAAUGUUGCGUGGCUGGUUUGUCUCUUCCAGCAUGGAUACAACAAGUCUAUUUUUUAAUUGGUCCUCAUUUACUUCCUUCUACCGUUGAACCAAUGGAGACAAUUUCUACUUCCAUGUGGAACAAUGGACCUACAAAUAUUAUCGAUCCAGCUAUUUUUAAAGGAAGAGAAGGAAAACAAAAAAAUUCAAAAAAGAAAUAAUUUUUAUAACAUUAUGGUUUCACUCUUCUUAAUAUAUGGUUUGUAAGAUUCAAGAGUAGAUAAAAUUGAUGUUUUUAAAUUAGUAGAAUGUGCAUCUACAUUUAUGUACGUAAAAGUAAAUUAUAAAAUUAUAAAAGUAAAUAAUAUUUUUUUCAUGAAGAUAUUUUUUGUUGAAUAUAUUGUUGUUAUGAUAUCAUAGUAAUAAAAUUUCAUUAAAGCAUUAAUAAAACAUGUAUUAAUACAUUUCAAUUGAUGAAAA